AUGCAUCUAAGUCUGUGUCUGGCUCUGCUGCUGCCAUGGUGCAACCAGUGCCAGAGAACGGACUCUGCCAGUGCCAAGCUGGGAAAAGAAGACACGGGAGACCUGUUGGCUGUCAAACUUGUAAACCGCAGUGGCAUCCUGGGCCCUCUGCUCCCCCCAGAGUUCCAUCCAACACCCCGGCAGACCAGAGCCCCACGUCCGGCCACCCAGGUCUCCAAGAGAGCCCAGCAAAGGUCCCGCUUCACUCUGUCCCUGGAUGUCCCCACCAGCAUCCUCAGUGUCCUCAUAGACCUUGCCAAGAACCACGACAUGAGAGCCAAGGCUGCUGCCAAUGCAGAGCUGAUGGCACGCAUUGGGAAAAGGAAAUAA